AUGAACAAGCUGCAGAGACUUCUUUAGAGCAAGAUCCUGAUCCUGACAAUAUGUGCCACUGGGAUUGGAGGCACUUUCCAAUAUGGUUACAACAUCUCCAUCAUCAAUGCUCCAACUUCAUACAUCCAGACGUUCAUGAAUGAAACCUGGCUGGAGUGCACAGGCAUUCACCUUGAGAGCAACGUGAUACUGCUUCUGUGGUCUUUCACUGUCUCUGUGUGCCCUCUGGGAGGACGCACUGGGGCUGUUGUUGCUGGUCCCAUGGCCAUCAUAUUGGGAAGGCAAGAGAGUGCUGGAUUUUAUUUUAAGCUUUGCAGCUUCCAUUACAUUUGUCUGCCUUGCCCAGGUGUAAGCAUGAACAUUCAGCCCAUGUAUCUGGCAAAAAGUGCCCCAAAGAAGCUCAGAGGAGCUGUGGCCUUGACCUCUGCAUCGUUUACAGCCCUGGGGUUGGUGCUGUGAGAGGUUGUUGGACUCAAGGAGCCACUAGGAGGGGAGGAGAGCUGACCAUUCCUUUUAGCUAGAAAUGUGGUGCCUGCCCUGAUUCAGCUCAUGGCUCUGCCUUGGUUCUCUGAAAGUCCCAGAUACCUCUUGAUUGACCAUGGAGAUAAAGAAUCCUGCUUCUCUGCACUGCAGAAGCUCAGAGGCAACAGUGACCUGAGGGAAGAGAUGCUGGCUCAACAGGCUGCUGUUAAAGGUCUGAGGGCAAAGGAGCCUUGGGAGCUCUUCCAAAAUCCAGCUUUGAGGUGGCAGCUGAUGAGUAUCGUUGUGCUGAGCAGCACCAUGCAGCUCUGUGGGAAUGAUUCAAUGUAUUUUUAUGCAGCUUACGUGUUCCAGGAGGCUGGAAUUCCUCAGGACAAAAUCCCAUAUGUUGUAAUCAUCAUGGGGAGCUGUGAUCUGAUCAUGUCUGUCACUUGUAAUGUGAUUCUAUAUUAUGCUGGUCAGAGGCCACUGCUCCUGGGCAGAUGUAUCUUCAUGGCAGGAUGGGCCAUUGUCUUCAUGGUUGCUCUGAGCCAGCAGAUUCAGAUUAGGUGGAUGCCUUAUGUCAGCAUGGCCUGCAUUUUCACCCUUAUCCUGAGCUUUGGAAUUGGACCAGCUGGUGUAACAGGAAUUCUCCCCACAGAGGUUUUUGAUCAAAUGUCCUGGCCAGUUGCUUACAUGAUCUGUGGCUCUCUGCUCUGGUUCAACCUAUUUCUGGUUGGAACAGCCCUUCCAUUCAUUGUGAAAAGUCUAGCACAUUUCUGCUAUGUCCCAUUCCUUGUGGACUGCGUCUGCACUGCACUCUACACUGGGUUUUUCCUUCCUGAGACAAAGGGAAAGUCCUUCCUGGAAACCUUGGAGGCAUUCAAGAAAUGGAACUUCAAAGCUCAGACCCAUGCAGUUUUUUAUAAAGGCCCUGGAGAGAUCAAACCCACCACAUAG